AUGGCGGCGGCCCACGACGAAGAAAAUCGCGCAUUGAAAGAGGCGCUCCUGCGUCGCAUGCGACCUGGCGAGCCCGCUGCGACGGUCGAUGUUUUCGUCGCAGAGUUCGAUGGCGUGCGAUACCUACUUAAAGACGAGGAUGCAUCCACUAUUCUCCUCUCCGUACACCUUCCCCAACACACCGCCGCAACAAGCGCCGCAGAUCCCGCGGAAGCAGCCGCCGCCGCAGCGGCGGUGAUCCCGCCUGAACUAGCGACCAGUGACGGGUUGCCAAGUGGCGCGAUGGACGCGGUAAACGCGGCGUACCGUGGGAUCGCGACGGUGCUGACGCCGCCGUCGAGCAACUACCACCUUACCCUGAUGGUUGAUCUUAAGAAGCUUCCGGAGGAGCAGCAAGCGCGCGCCGCGAUUGCCGCGAAACUAGCCGGGGUGCGGUCAGUCGUCCUCGGCGCGCCGCUGCGCGCCAUGCUGACCGCGCUGGCGGAAGGCGGAGCGGGGGAAGCGAAGGGCGCGGGGGGGGAGGCGGGUGGGGAAGACGGCGCGGGCGGGGGGAGUGCGAUGAAGGCCAUGGUGCACCGGCCCGGGGAGGUGUUUUUCGCGUCGCUGUCGAGCAAGGGCGAUCACGUGAAGAUCAUUUUCCCCGUGCACUUCCAUGAUCCGAGCGACGCCAUUCUCGCUGCCGCCUUCCUCCAGGUGCGCUGGGGAGCUAGCAGAGGCGCGCAAGGGCGGGGGGCUGUCAUGGGCGCCAGAGUGCUCCUUCUCGCGCACUCUACCCGUGGACCUGGACGGCGCGCCAGCCCUUUCCAUUCCCCCGUUCCCCCUCCCGGUCCCCGUUCCCCCCACCAGGAACUAGCAGAGGCGCGCAAGGGGGGGGGACUCUCAUGGGCGCCGGAGUGCUCCUUCUCCCGCACGCUCCCCCCAGACCUGGACGGCGCACCAGCGCAGUACCUGACAGCGAACGUGGGGUUCGUGACGCUGCAGGUGGGGCGGCGGCACGUGGAGGGGCCGCGCGUGGAGCGCGUGGCGUGGCACGUGUGCUCCUUCCACUCGUUUGUCGCCCACCACGUGCGCCGCGCCAAGGGGCUGCUGCAUACUCGCAUGCGCCGCCGGGGGGAUGCUCUCAACCAGAUGCUACACCCGGAGCUCCAGCAGCAACAGCAGCAACAGCAGGCGGCGGCAGGGGGGGCGUCUCAGGGCCGGCAGUCACCGCUUGCAGGGGUGGACAAGGCUCCCUUGCGCGCCAUGCAGCACCUGCGCCUGCGAUAG